AUGGGCAUUGAAGAUCUUAUGGUUAACAAGCGAGUGCUGUACCACUACACCGAGGGUGUGGACUGGGCGUAUGAGAUGUGGUACAGGUCGCCAGACCGCGUCGUCUAUCGGGUGGUAUCAGGCCCCCUUGCUGGCCGUACAAACUAUGUCAAGGGCUGGUACCAGGAGAUUUAUCCCGGGAAGAUGUACAAAGUCUCCUGGAUGGAAGAAACUGGCACAAUCGUCUCGCAGACGAUCGAUGUCAAGGAGAAGAAAAUCUGGACAUUUGCAGCCUUUUCCAAGGGACAUCAUGAAAACCGAGGGAUCUGUCAAGGCCACAAGACGACCCAUUUGGACCAGUGGCGAGAGCUGGCCAAGAUCGGUAUUCAGACUGAUAGACAUAUGGUGCCGUCAUCCGGUGUUAUUGAUGAGAUUCUCGAGGGACCCGGAGAGCACCUACCCAAGAUCGGCGACGACUGGGCGGUUCUGUAA